AUGCCAACCUACCUCGUACACGGCUUCCGUUGGCCGCGCUGGGCAAUUCGCAUCUACAUCGCUCGGCAGGAUCUCGAAGACGCAGCCUCAGACUGGAUAGUCGCGCCAGCGACCUCCGUCACGCUGCUCAACUCUUUCUACACGCUCUACGACUUCCUGCCGCCUAGUAGCCCACCACCAUCCUCAUAUGCACUCCCAGCUCCACAUACCCAAGUCGUGGUACAGGAAGCAUCCACGAAAGAACCACCGCGGCGGCUGACGAAAAGGAAUACGAGCUCACGAGCAUCGCUGAAGUCCUCCCUAUCGGUACGCGCACGGCGAUCGUCCGCGCUGAGCAUUGCCAACACGCAGCGUCAAAGCGGCAUUGCGAAUGGGCAGAAUGGAGAUAAGAAUCGCCAUGGACGCAAUGGCACGCAUCUAGAGUCGCCGCCUAGCACCAAUGCAAACACAAGCACCUCAACGCUUGCCGAAAAGGACGCGCCGAGCUUCAACGACUGGAGUGUCGUCAAAAUCCUCGAACAAUAUAACCCCGCCGACAUGCAUUCUACCAGCCAGCCGUACGCUUACGUCGGUGAUUACUUCGUUAAAGUCGAACUCGGGGUUUCGAUUCCGGAGGAGAUGGCCAAAUAUGACGCAAUGAUGAGGGCUGAGGAGGAACUCGUUUCCCCUGGUGGGCCUGGGAGUCUUGGUGAGGGGUUGAGUGCGAGGGAUAUUAGGAGGAAGAGUAGGAGGUUGGGAUGGUUUGAGAAGUUGAGGGAUGGGGUGCACAAGGGGGCGGAGAUUGAGUGGUUCGUGGUGGUUUGUGGGGAUGAGGAGAGAGUGGCGCCGGAGGUUUCGGAUCUGGGAAGUUCAAGUCUUGGGAGUGAGGACGAGGAUAUUAAGACGCCUAGGAGCGCCGGAUUGAGAGGAUUCUUUGGUAAAAAGAAAACUAUCCGAGAGGAGUGA